GACUGAAGUGGAGAGGGAGGAGGGAAUAAAAAGGGAUGAAGGAGGAAAAGCAGACACUAACAGACAAGGAGUGAGGGAGACACAGUCGAAGGAAGAGAGAGACACACUAUCGCAGCUAUGCCCGAAGCCAAGAAGCCAGAGGCAAAGUCUGAAGAAAUUGCAGCCAAGACAGAUAAGGCUGCAGCAGCACCUGCUGAUAAGGAGGGAAGUGAGUGCAGAGAUGAAUUGCCCGAUGAUGAAACUGUCCCAGGGGGACAGUCCGAGCUGACCGGACUAUUUGUAGAGAGGCCAGAGAGCACUACAGUAAUCAAAGGGAAGAACGUCACCUUUGUGGCUAAAGUGGACUCAUCUGACCUGCUGAGGAAGCCCAACAUGAAAUGGCUGAAAGGGAAGUGGCUGGACCUGGGCAGCAAGGCUGGCAAGCACGUGCAGUUUAAAGAGGCCUAUGACCGGAACUCCAAGGUCUACACAUAUGAGAUGAGCAUCAUCAAAGUAGUGGAAGGAGACGCAGGUGGCUACCGUUGUGAGGUCACCUCCAAAGACAAGUGUGACAGCUGUACAUUUGAAGUCAUAGUGGAAGCCGUACAAGAGGAGCAGCCCGCCAACAUCCUGGAUGCCUUCAAGCGAUCAGGCAUAAAAGGCGCCAAAAAAGGGGGAGAUGCAGGAGAGGAUGCAGGUGACCUGGACUUCAGUGCCCUCCUCAAAAAAAGGGAAAAAAAGGCGAGGGACGAGCCCAAAGAGGAUGUGGAUGUGUGGGAGAUCCUGAAGGAUGCUAAGCCAUGUGACUAUGAGAAGAUUGCCUUUGACUAUGGCAUCACAGACCUCAGGGGCCUGCUCAAGAGACUGAAGAAGAUGAAGAAGGUGGAACCCAAGAAGAGUGAUGCCUUCCUGAAGAAGCUAGAGCAAUGUUACUCUGUGGACAAGGGCAAGAGGACCCAGAUGCAUGUUGAGCUCCAUGACCCCAACGUUCAGGUCAAAUGGCUGAAGAACGGAGUGGAGAUCAAACCCUCUGCCAAGUAUGUGUUUGAGUGCGUGGGCAACAAACGGACACUCACCAUCAACAAGAGCAACCUGUCUGACGAUGCAGCCUAUGAGUGUGUGGUGGGAGAGGAGAAGAGCUUCACUGAAGUCUUUGUCAAAGAGCCCCCGGUCACCAUCACCAAGCUGCUGGACGAUGUGCAUGUAGUGGUGGGAGAGAAGGUGGAGUUUGAGUGUGAGGUCUCAGAGGAAGGAGCCAACGUCAAAUGGAUGAAAGAUGGAGUUGAGCUGACCAAGGAUGGGAAGUACAGGAUAAAGAAGGAUGGGAAGAAACACACUCUGGUCAUCAAUGAAGCAACCAUAGAGGACAUCGGAAUGUACUAUGUUUACACUAACGGGGGAGAAUCCAAAGGAGAACUGGAAGUGGAAGCCAAGGAGCUGGAGGUUCUGCAGAGUAUAGCUGACCUGUCGGUGAAGGCGUGUGAACAGGCCAUGUUCAAGUGUGAGGUGUCUGAUGAGAAGGUGGUGGGCAAGUGGUUCAAGGACGGUGUGGAGGUCAAACCCGGCAACCGCAUCAAGAUGUCACACAUCGGAAGGAUCCACAAGCUGACGAUUGAUGAUGUGAAGCCGCAGGAUGAAGGAAACUACACCUUUGUCCCUGAAGGAUACGCACUCUCCCUCUCCGCUAAACUCAACUUCAUUGAAAUAAAGAUCGAAUAUGUUCCACGCCAAGACCCUCCCAAAAUCCACCUGGACACUAGUGGCACGGGCAGCAAGAACACCAUUGUUGUGGUGGCUGGCAACAAGCUCCGCCUUGAUGUGGAGAUCACAGGAGAGCCUGUCCCCACUGUGUGCUGGAUGAAAGGAGACACUGUGAUAUCGGAGGCGGAGGGCAGAGUGAGGGUGGAAACCAGGACCACUCUGAGCAGCUUUGUCAUUGAGGGGGCGGAGAGGCCAGACGAAGGCCAGUACUCCAUCAUAGUGACCAACCCAGCUGGAGAGGACAGGGCUGAGCUCAAUGUCAAGAUUGUUGAUGUGCCGAACCCUCCAGAGAACGUCAGAUGUAUGGGAGUUGGCGAGGACACAGCCACCAUUACAUGGGAUCCCCCCAAAUUUGACGGGGGUGCGCCCAUCAAAGGCUACCUGAUGGAGAGGAAGAAGCAGGGUUCCUCCAGGUGGACCAAGCUGAACUUUGAGGUGUUUGAGUCAACCACGUACGAGGCUAAGAAGAUGAUUGAGGGUGUUUUUUAUGAGAUGAGAGUGUUUGCUGUCAACGGGAUCGGGAUCUCCCAGCCCAGCGGCAACUCAAAGCCCUUCAUGCCCAUAGCCCCUACCAGUGAGCCCACUCGUCUGACGGUGGAGGAUGUAACAGACAGCACCUGUGCCCUGAAGUGGCGUCCUCCAGAGAGGGUUGGAGCAGGGGGCGUUGACGGGUACAUAAUCGAGUGGUGCAAAGAAGGAGAGGAUAACUGGGUAGAAGCCAAUAAGGAGCCAGUGGACAAGAACACGUACCGUGUGAAGGGGCUGCCAACAGGAGAGAAGCUCUUGUUCAGGGUGGUGGCUAUGAACAUCGCUGGACGCAGCCCCCCCUGCACCAUGAAACAGUCUGUCAUCAUCAGAGAGAUCAUGGAGUACCCAAAGAUCCGCCUGCCUCGCCAGCUAAGAACCAAGUUCAUCAGGAAAGUGGGCGAGAAGAUCAACCUGGUCAUCCCCUUCCAGGGGAAGCCUCGCCCCGUGGUCAACUGGCUGAAAGAUGGUGAGCCCCUGGAGAAUAAGUCGGUGGGCAUCCGCACCAGUGACUUUGACACCAUCCUGUUCAUCCGCUCGGCAGAAAGGGACCACUCUGGGACGUACACCCUGUCUGUCCAGAUAGACAACAUGCAGGACAAGGCUGACAUACACAUCCAGAUCGUAGACAAGCCAGGUCCUCCUAUAAAUGUGAUGGUAACAGAUGUGUGGGGCUUCAAUGCUGCUCUGGAGUGGAAGCCCCCCAAAGACACAGGCAACACUGAUAUCAUCGGCUACACCAUCCAGAAGGCUGACAAGAAGACCCAGGGUUGGUUCACAGUGUACGAGCACAACCGCCGGCCCAACUGCACAGCGUCUGACCUGGUCAUGGGGAACGAGUACUCCUUCCGUGUGUUCAGUGAGAACAUCUGUGGCUUGAGCGAUGAGGUGGCCUUCAGCAAGAACACUGCCAUCAUAGGCAAAACAGAUCUGGAGUACAACAAACCAGCCUUCAAAGAGAAGGACAUGAGCAGCUCCCCCAAGUUUACAGCUCCCCUAGUGGACAGGGUUGUUGUUGCAGGCUACAGUACUGCCAUCAGCUGUGCUGUCCGGGCCUACCCUAAGGCUAAGAUAGUGUGGAUGAAGAACAAGAUGAUCAUUGGGGAGGAUCCUAAAUUCUUGAUGCAGAACAACCAGGGGGUGUUGACCCUGAACAUCAGGAAGCCCGGCCAGUUUGACGGGGGCAAGUACUCCUGUAAGGCCAUCAACGACCUGGGGGGAGGACGAGGUGGAGUGCAGGCUGGAAGUCCGAGUCUUAAAGGAGAAGAAAGAAGGAGACGAGGAGAAGAAAUGAGUUACAGUGACCGAUAGAAACACCAGAGGAUACAGUUCUGCAGGAAUCAUAAUGGAUUAUGUAUAACAGGAUAGACGUGAAUAAAUAUGAUUAGAAUAAAAAACUGGUGAUGUUUUCUAAAUAUGCUCUCUCUAUCUCCCUCUUUUUCUUUCUUCCUCUCUCUAUCCCUCUCUCUCUCUCUCUCUCUCUCUCUCUCUCUUCCUCUCUCUAUCCCUCUCUCUCUCUUUCUUCCUCUCUCUAUCCCUCUCGUUCUCACAUCAUCACCAGUGGCAUGUCAAAUACCAUAUCGGUAAUAACUGAAUGAAUUAUGAUAAUAACAGACCACUGCAUUGAGACAAGCUAAUUGAGAGUAGUAAUAGAGUACCUUAAUAAUAGCGGAACAUUACAGCUCAGAGAUGGAUUCUUCUUAUCUGUGACAUGAACCUGUCAGUGCAACACACAUAAAACAGUCAUUUACCAAA